AUGAGGGGUGCCUCCUAUGCCACGGUCCCAAAUGAGAAGAAUAAGAACAACCUAACCCUACAAAAUGGCACGAUCGGCAAUGACGUCGUCUCUGGCAUUCGUUUCAUCUUUGAAAAUCAUUCGGCGGAUGUCGUCACCGGCGUCCAUUAACGCGGGACCAUCCUUCUGCAACCCAACCACCAAGACACUGUCAACGGAAUCAUGGCAACAUUAGCCGAAGGUCCAGAAUCGAUGGGGUCGUAUCGUCGUAAAGCGUGUGACCUAUGCUUCACCAAGAAGAUCAAAUGCGACAUGGUAAAGCCGACCUGUUCCAACUGCAAAUUGUACCACACUGAGUGUAGGAAGGGCUUUGUGAGACGAAGGCAGCGUGCGACCUAUCGCAGUUUAACCGAUCCAUAUGUAAAAUCAUAUCCCCGUGGUGUUAGCGACCACUCAAACAGUUUGGAAGCACGGCUGGCGCAAAUCGAGGAUCAGGUUCAUCGGAAUAUGCGGAUUAUCAAAACGCCUUCCUUCACGCCUUCGUCAACGGCUGGUCCGCGACAAUAUGGAAAUAGCAGCGAGAUCAUGACCGCAUCUGCAGAACCGCAGCUGAGAGAGGUUCGGCGUAGCGCAGGAGCCUGGGCUCUAGGUGUCGUCGAGCCGUCUUUAUUCGGUAGUUUUGAGCUGCGAUCCCUCCUGUUGCCUCCCCGAGAAGAGAUAUCGCCAGUGAUUGACCACUACUUCCUCAACACCAACAAUCUCAUUCCUCUGUUUCACAGGCAGUCCUUCAUGGGGCUGCUUGAUGACUGGUACGGCAGCCCAGCCUCUCGGAAUCGAAUCAAAUGGGCAGCAAUACAGAUCGUCAUGGCUCUUGGACUUCGAACCAUUGAGCCACAAGCGGGGGACCUAUUCCCUAGCACGAUACAGAGGUCCAAUGCACAUUUGAACAAUGCGCAAUCGGCGCUGUCAGAAUUGGUGAUAUGUGACGAGGACUUGUUGGGCAUCCAGAUCCUAUUAGGAAUUGUCAUUUUGUACCAGAAUAGUAGUGACCAAAGACCGGCUAGUGUCAUAAUUGCAUCCGCACUGAGGCUAGGACAUCGGCUGUUGCUGCAUUCAAGCAAAUCUCAGCAAUUUUUCUCGGAAGAGGAAGCAUUACAGCGAUCUCGGAUAUUUUGGAUAGCUUACGCUCUCGACAAGGAGAUUUCGAUUCGUGUCAAAACGCCGUCUAUUCAAUCCGAUAAUGAUAUUGACCUACCACUUCCUCCGCUAACCUCUCCUGACGGAGCUGGAGUCAUUUGUACACGAGAUGGACACUCCCGGACUAAUGUCUUCCUUCUCCGCGUUCAAUUAGCACACAUUCAUGGUAAAAUUUACGACCUACUGUACUCGAACCGUGCCUCCGCUGUUGAUAGGCUAGAACGCCGGCGACGCAUUAUCCAACUGCAAGCGAAACUCGAGUACUGGUAUGAAAGCAUCCCCCUCGCUUUCCGAAUCGAGAAUCUCUCUUCUACGGCAUGCGGAGAGGGUUUGGUGCAGAUGACUAAAAUUUAUCAUGGCUUCCUCCUGGCUGAGGUCAUGGCGCAUGGCUUCUACAGUAGGGAUGCAGACUGGCUGAAGCGCAUCAGCGCCGUAAGUACCAUCUCGAUGAAUGAUGUUACAUUGACCCAAAAUCAUUUCGGGACGGCGAGAAGCAACACUGUUGAGGAACCGCCGUCACCCUUGGGUUGGGACAAGCUGGUCCAGAUCAGCCGUGGCUGCAUGAAGCUUUUUCACGUUGCCACCCAGAUUGAAUGUCUCGCAUGCUGCGGACACUUUUCGGCUCUCAUGGUUCUCCUCGCUAACAUGUUCCUCCACCCCUCUCAUGCGUGCCUCUCCCAGGACCAGCGCCUCAUUUUCAGGUCGAUUGACAUGUUUGAGAGUAUUCUUGGGGCCGUUCGGGACAGAGCUUUUGAAUCUGUGUACAAGAUGGUCUCGGAGCUUGUCAAGAAGGCCAGUGAUGCAGUGGAAAGCUACAAUUUAUUCGAGGAUGCCAAUACAGCAGACUUAGUUCAAGAUUUUCGUGCCGACUGGGAGAAUUUUCUAGCAACGGAAGGGUUUGGCUAUUACAAUUUCGCGGAAGAGCCGAACCUGUUUACCAGCUCUUUUGAUGCGGACAGCUUCGGCAUGCCAUUUGAUCAGGUAGCGCAGCACACGUGA